UAUCAUGUAUUUCCAAACAUUUGACCAACUCCAACUAUACCACUUUCGUUAUUCUUUCAAGACUUCAUAUUUUUCUCCCAUGAAAAAAUGUCAAUCUUAGGCAAACCCAACAACAAUGAAAAUCUGGGAUCAUCAUCUUUCCAUGAAUUUAAAAAACAAGCCUCUUUUUUCUUUAAAGAAAAGAUCAAGACUGCUAGAUUAGCCUUGACUGAUGUCACCCCUGCUCAAUUAUUGGUUGAAGAGUCAACAAAUGGCAACCAAUGGGCACCAGAUGCAAGAACCUUAAAGUUGAUAUCAAAAGCUGCUUUUGAAAUUGAUGAUUAUUGGAGGAUUGUUAAUGUUCUUCACAACAGAUUAGUGAGAUUUGAUGCAAACAAUUGGAGGAUGUGUUACAAAGCUGUGUUGGUAUUAGAACACUUGUUAACACAUGGCCCAGAAAGUGUUGCACAAGAAUUUCAGACUCAUAAAGAUGUUCUUCAAGAAAUGACUAGCUUUCAAUAUAUUGAUGAAAAAGGAUUCAAUUGGGGGCUUAAUGUAAGAAUGAAAUCAGAAAGAAUCUUGAAGUUUUUUAAUGAUGGGAAUGUUUUGAAAGAAGAAAGAACAAGAGCAAGAAAAUUAAGUAGAGGGAUUGAAGGUUUCGGGAGCUUUAGCCAUAGAGUUUCAUCCGAAAACGGUGUUCUUCAACAAUCUUCAGCCGAAAAAUACAGAAGGUCCAAUACACAAUUUAAUGAACAUGGCAAUCUUGAAGAAAAUCAGGUCCAAGAUGCGAAAUUGGAAGCAGGAAACUUCAUUAAGAAAAAAACGCAGAAUUUGGGUUCUAGUAGUGGAUCCGUUGAUAACUUAAUAGUAGAAAAGUUGGGAAGUGAGUUUAGUGUGAAAGAAAAUAUGGCUCCAAAGGAGGAUGUUGUUCUUGCUCCGAUAGAGGAAUCAAAUCCGUUAUUGGGUGAUAGAAAAAAUAGUUCAAAGAUUAUGGUAGACGUUGAAGAAGAUCAUCCAUUCAACGAUGAAGAGAAUGAAGCAAAAAUGUCCUUGAUUUCAUGAUAUGGAGUAGACAAAAGUGUUUGCUUAUAUAUUUACUUGUAGCAUUUAUCAUGCUAUAAAGAUGUGUUUUGAUCAAAAGAAAUAUCAUGCUUUCUAUGUACACAAAGUUAAAAGUACAAUAUGAUGUUGUUGUGUGAUGAAAACAAAUAAAAAGGGAUUUUGGUCUGA